UCGUUGUAGCGGCAUGUAGAAUAACGUAGCAAGCUUUCUUUUAUGUUUUUCACGUGAUUCUCUUUAGUAAAACUGCAGAAACGGCAAGAAUGGAGAGGUAUACAAUAUCGAAGUCUGAAAAGCAGACAAUUUAUGAAAUAUACCGGGCGUGUCGGCUUUGCGGCGCCGGCGGUGGCUAUCGGAUGCCUAUCAUUCAAAACAUAAUCGACUUGGACAGUUCCGAACUAGAAUUGAGGCAGAAAAUACAAGAAUGCUUACAACUAGAGGUGCGGCCUGAUGACCGCAUGCCUCCGCUCAUUUGUGAGCUGUGCGUUGAUAAAGUGAAUGACUUCUACCAAUUCUUGGAUAUGACUCGUCAGACAAAUAUUAAGACAAGGACCAGGCUCGGCCUUCCCAUACAGGACACUAAAAAAGGAGAACCUGAACAAAGUAACUGUAUUCUUGGCGUGACAGAGCCAGUUUAUACAAAGGACGAUGAGCCACCAAAGAAGAGUAAGGCGGGCCCCAAAUGCACCAAGAAGAUUAAGAAGGAACCAGAUGUUAAUGUUAAGAUAGAGAAUGUCUCGGACUCAUCCUCUCGCUCCUCGAGCGUGUCUUCACGCGUUUCCCGCCGCGCCCCCUCCCCCUCGCCCGCCCCCUCCCCCGCCGCGCGCCCCCGCCGCGCCCCCGCGCUCCCUCCGUCCCCCGCCGCUGCGCUCACUCCCUCCCCCGCCGCUGCGCUCACUCCUUCCCCUGCUGCUGCGCCGGCUCGCCCGCGCCGCUCGCUGCUUGAAGAAGCGCUAGCGCGACGGAAGCCGGACCCGCCUAAGAUUAAAGACGCUAAGAAGACGGAGACGAAAAAGACUGAGGCGCCUAAGGACCCACAGAUACCAAAAGAAAAAAAGGCCACACCUGCGAAGAAAAAGGGGGAAUUGGAAUCUUUACUAGAGGACAGUAUGAAGUUUGAUGACAACACUUUGCUGAUGCCGCGUUCAUUGAAGAGGACGCGAGAGGAGCCCCCUAGGCCUGCGCUGCUGCCCAAGAGGGCUAAUAUUGCAAGAUAUUUAAUGGAUGCAAGAAUAAGGCCCAUACCAACCAAGGAGCUCCUAAAGGAGCCUUCACCGCCCCGCAGACCGGGCCCGAGGUCCAGACAGCCGGUGAACGAGCCGCCCCCGAACCCCAGACCCGGACCCAAGUCGAAGAAGACCAGGGUUGAAGAAGAGAAUAUGCCUGUACCCCUUAAGGUGCCUAAGCCUAAGGCCAAGCCGGAGUUACCCAAGACUAAAGAGCCGCCGAAGCCUCCAGAGGAGCCCCCGCUGCCUUCCGCGCCUCCAUACAAGUGCAUAGUAUGCGAGACGCAGUGUAAGAAUUCGGGCGCCUUCGCGAGGCACUUGAGUAUUCACGUGCCCAUCUUUACUAAACCUGCACACGCGUGCAACCCGUGCGGUACCUGGUAUGUGACCGCCGAAGAGGCGGCGAGCCACCACGGCUACCACAGCGCCUCCACCUUCCCCUACCACUGCCGCCGGUGCUUCGACGACUUCCGCACUCUUCAGCUGUAUGAUGAAGGCGGCGAGUCACCACCGCUACCACAUCGCCUCCACCUUCCCCUACCACUGCCGCCGGUGCUUCGACGACUUCCGCACUCUUCAGCUUUGCUAAUUGGCACAUAUGGCCUCAACCUGUGGGGUAAGUGGUUCGUGACCGUCGAAGAGGCGGCGAGCCACCACCGCUACCUCAGCGCCUCCACCUUCCCCUACCACUGCCGCCGGUGCUUCGACGACUUCCGCACUCUACAGCUGUAUGAUGAUCACAUAGAGUCGGGCCUGUGCGUCGGCGACGAGCCGCCGAGUGUGAAGUGCGAGGAGUGCCUGGCGCUGUUCGCCGCCGCGGCGCUGCGGGCCGCGCACCGCUGCCCCGGCCGCGGGCAGGCCGCCCGGCCUGGAGGCAAGUGCUCGAAAUGCUCCAGAACAUAUGCAACCUCGAAGACCCUCAAGAAACAUGAAAGCCAGUGUAGCCAGAAGAGAAAAGGAGGGGAUUUGAUAGCGGACCCGGACGUCCUACGAAGGUUGAAGCCGAUGCAGGUGCGGAUCACCAAGUGCGAUGGGCUGCUGGCACGAGAGACGGGGGACCAUUACGACGUGUCCAGGGUUAAACCGGUGCGGAUCACCAAGUGCGAUCGGCUGCUGGCACGAGAGACGGGGGACCACUACGACGUGUCCAGGGUUAAACCGGUGCGGAUCACCAAGUGCGAUGGGCUGCUGGCACGAGAGACGGGGGACCACUACGACGUGUCCAGGGUUAAACCGGUGCGGAUCACCAAGUGCGAUGGGCUGCUGGCACGAGAGACGGGGGACCACUACGACGUGUCCAGGGUUAAACCGGUGCGGAUCACCAAGUGCGAUGGGCUGCUGGCACGAGAGACGGGGGACCACUACGACGUGUCCAGGGUUAAACCGGUGCGUAUCACCAAGUGCGACGGGCUGCUGGCACGAGAGGCGGGGGACCAUUACGACGUGUCCAGGGUUAAACCGGUGCGGAUCACCAAGUGCGAUGGGCUGCUGGCACGAGAGACGGGGGACCACUACGACGUAAUAUAUAGUUGGUCAAACCCGGACGUGCUACGAAGGCUGAAGCCGAUGCAGGUGCGGAUCACCAAGUGCGAUGGGCUGCUGGCACGAGAGACGGGGGACCAUUACGACGUGUCCAGGGUUAAACCGAAUUACGGACUGGCAAAGAACUACAUCUACCCCUACAUGAAGCUGCCUCCGGUCAAGAGCGAACCGCUCUUCCGCGACAGCAUGGUCGCCAUCCCUGUCGCACUCAAGGAGGAGUUCUCUUUCACACACUGGGACAGCGACAGUGAUGUCGAAGAAUCCAUCAUCAGAAGCGUACCCUCUCUCACAACUUUAGCUAUCAAAAAACUUUUCUCUAAAAACCUCCUAGGUAAAGUACCUAGAAAAAAAAAGAAGGUCAAAAAUGAAGCUUUUGAUCAUGAAAACGACUUCGGUGACGUAAGUAAGGAUAUUAAUGAUAUAAUAAAUAGUUUAGAUGAUAUGGGAAACGGUAGUUUAGAUAGGAAAGAUUUGACAGCUAGAAUUAAGGAUAUUAUUGGGUGUUUUGAUAGUGACAUGAGUGAAAGUGUAGAGGAAGACAAGACAGCUAAUGAACAAAGUGAGAAUAAAUAUGUGGAUGCUAAUGUAAAUGAUAAAACGAUUGAUAAUGAUGGUGAAAAGAAUAAAACGACGUCUGAUGAAAGUCAUUGUGAAACUGUUGAUGGUAAAGGAACUGAUGAAACAAUGGCUGAUGACGAUCAAGGUGUACAUGAUACAGUAACAAAUGACGUUAGUACUAAAAUGGAUAUGAAUAAUGAAAAUGAUAAAAGUACAAAAGAAAAUGUAAUAGAAUCUAAUGAUAACGGUAAUUGUGAAAAAACAAGCAAUGAUGAAGUCUAUCAUGGUGAAAAAACCAUAGAUAAAGUAUUAGAGAGUAACCAAUUAAAUGAUGAAUGUAACGAUAAUGAAAGAAUCAAUAGGCUAGAUAGUGAAACUAAUGAUCAUACAGUUAGUUAUGAUAAGGAAAUUGACAUAAGUUUACAAGAAUCAAAAGAUGAAAGCGUAGCUGUUAAUACUAGGGAUCUUGAAAACGGAAUUAAUGGAGUCAAUACUUUACAAAAUGAAAAUUCUUUUGUAAAUGAACCCAAAAUCAAUCAAAAUCAAAAUUCUUCGGAAAAAGAAUCAAAAAGCAAUGACGAAACGAAGUUGACUGAAGAAGUGAGUAAACAAAUAAACAAAGAAAGUCCAAUUAAACACAGCAUAGAAAACUUAAUAGGGGAAACCGAUAAAAAUCCAGAAAAAUUUAUAAACGAAGUAAUAUCAAGUAUUGAAGAAUUGAAUAGAUGCCAUGAACAAAUUAAUGGACAGAAUGUAAAUGAAAUUAAUAAUAGCAAUCUAAUGGAUGCAUUAGAUGAACAUAUUGGUGAAAAAAGACUCAGUGACCAAGAUAAAAUCACUUUAGAAGAUCUUUUGCCUAAGGGAGAUACAUGUGAUGAGUUGGAGAAUAUAUCGGAUGAUGAUUUCAAUUUUGAUGCCUAAAAUCUUCGGGCAACGCCGGCUUCCGACACGUCGGAAGGGAGGAGUCCAAGCGAUAUUUUACAAAUAGGUAUUUUUCCUGUACUUAAAUUAAGUUAUUUCAAACCGUGCACGGAAUAAAGCACCAGAUAAUUAUUAGAAAAACAUAGCAGCUAUAUUUAAACACAAUUUCUAUUUAAUAAAUCGGAUUGAAAUAUAAAAAGUAGGCGAGUUUACCGUGACGGCACUAUACGAGGGGCGUUCAAUAAAAAGUGAGAAUGAGUAUGUUAUAUACAACUUUUAUUAAAUGUUAUUUUAUUUUUCGACAUAGUCCCCUUUUAGCAUACUACACUUAGUAUAUCUUUAUUCUAAACUUAAAAUUCCAUUUCUAAAAAAGGUUUCAUCUUGAGUACUUAAAAAAUCUUGUACUGCAGCGACUACCGCGUCGUCGUCUUCAAAUUUCUUGCCUCUUAGGUAUUCCUUCAAUCUCGGAAAUAGGUAAAAAUCACUAGGGACGAGGUCUGGUGAAUACGGAGGAUGCUUAAGGAUAUCGAACCCAGCAUCACGUAUUGCAGCCAUUGCAACGGCGGACUUGUAUGCCGGUGCAUUGUCCUGAUGGAACAACACAAUUUUCGAGAGUUUACCUCGCCGUUUUUCACGGAUCUCAUAACGCAAUGUUGCUAUUUGUUUGGCAUAUAAAGUUCCCGUAAUAGUGGCUCCAUGCUCGCGAUACUCAAUCAUUACGACCCCUUUACCAUCCCAAAAAACAGAGCCCAUGACCUUACCGGCAGACGGCCCACCUUGAAUUUCUUCAGAGUUGGAGAUGAUGGCCUUUUCCAUGUCAUAGACUGCAGUUUCGUUUCAGGGUCGUAAUGAUGGAGCCAUGUUUCGUCCAUUGUUAUAAAUCGCGCCAAAAAAAGUUCCCGGUCUUGCUGUAUCAGGUCCAAAGCUUCUUGACAAAUCUCGACUCUAGUUUGUUUUUGCGUGUCAGUAAGCAUUCUGGGUACCCAACGCGCUGAUACCUUUUUCAUACCCAAGCGUUCAUGUAAAAUAUUAUGCGCGCUCCCCGUAGAAAUCUUUACAUUUUCAGCAAUAAAACGAACCGUGACACGACGAUCCGCCAAAACUAAGUUUUCGAUUUUUUUCACAAUUUCUUCAGUUACUGCUGUAGUAGGGCGUCCGUAGCGGGAGUCAUCCAUGAUCGAUGUUCUUCCACGUCUAAAUUCGGCGCACCAACGUGCGACUGUCGAAUACGGAGGAGCAUUAGACCUUAAAGUGUCCCGUAAAUCUAAAUUGACUCGGUCCGUAGAAAAAAUUUUCAAACAAGUAUUUGAUAACGGCGCGCAGUUAAUUUUUUUCCAGUUUCGCUAACGUACUCAAUAGCAUCGCAAAGAAAUCGCCGUAUUUUUUUUUUAAACAAAAAACAGUUCGUUUUUUUUUUCAUGGCAAUCAGCUAGGUAGAUUAGCUUUAUCGGCCAGUAUUUACUUUCUUAAUAUUUAAAGAGUUUGCAUCUCAUUCUCAUUAUAUAUUGAACGCCCCUCGU